AUGUCCUUGCCCUCGCAAACCUCUGUUCUUGUAGUGGGCGCCGGACCGGCCGGGUCCUACGCCGCCUGCGUGCUCGCACGCGAGGGCGUCGACGUCGUGCUUCUCGAUGCCGAAAAGUUCCCCAGAUAUCACGUUGGAGAGAGCAUGCUCGCAGCGAUGCGGUUCCUCUUGCGGCUCAUUGAUGUCGACGACGAAUUCGACCGGCACGGCUUUGAAAAGAAGUACGGGGCCACAUUCAAGAUCACGGACAAGAGGGAAGCAUUCACCAACUUCGCGAACGCGCUCGGCCCGGGCGGCCACUCGUGGAACGUAGUCCGCUCCGAGUCAGAUGAUCUCUUGUUCCGCCACGCCGCCCGCAACGGAGCCAAAACGUUUGACGGCACCAAGGUGGACGUAAUCCACUUUCAGCCCUACCCGCACGACGGUUUCGAAGCCGUCGAGGGUGAGGGUGAGACGGAGCCCGCGCACCUGGCCAAUCCGGGCCGGCCCGUAUCGGCCGACUGGUCGUGCAAAGACGACGGGACCAAGGGCACCAUCAAGUUUGACUACCUCAUCGACGCCAGCGGGCGCAACGGGAUCCUGUCCACAAAGUACCUCAAGAACCGCCGCUUCAACGAGGGCCUCAAGAACCUUGCCAACUGGACGUACUGGAAGGGCGCCAAGCGCUUCAAUCCUGGCCAGCCCAACGAGAACUCGCCCUUCUUUGAGACGCUCGAUGACGCGAGCGGCUGGGUCUGGGCCAUCCCCCUGCACAACGGCACCUUGUCGGUCGGCAUCGUGGCGCGCCAGGACCUCUUCUUGGCCAAGAAAAAGCAACUCGGGCUGUCCGGCCAAGAAUUCUACCGCGAGUAUCUCAAGCUGGCGCCGCAGAUCAGCGACAUGCUGUUGGACGCCGAGAUGGUAUCGGACAUGAGGCAGGCGUCGGACUGGUCGUAUAGCGCGUCGGCCUACGCGGGCCCGUACUUCCGCAUCGUCGGCGAUGCGGCCGCCUUUGUCGACCCCUACUUCUCGUCGGGCGUGCACCUGGCUUUGACCAACGGUCUCGCGGCCGCCGUGUCGGUGCAGGCGUCGCGCCGUGGCCAGGCCGACGAGCGCGCCGCUGCUAAGUGGCACGGCACAAAGGUCGCCGAGAACUACACCCGCCUGCUCCUCAUCGUCAUGGCGGUGCAGCGCCAGCUGCGCCUCAAGCAGGAACAGCUCAUCACCACCGACGCAGAGGACGGCUUCGACGCCGCCUUCAAGGCUAUCCAGCCUGUCAUUCAGGGGGUCGCCGACACGCACGAGACGGACGCGCACGUGCAGCAGCGAGCGGUGCACUCGGUCGACUUUACUCUCAACUCGUUUGAUGUCACGCCUGAGCAGGAGAAAGCCAUGGUGGACAAGGUCGUGGGUGCCGCGCGGGCGGCGCCCGAGACGCUCCAGAGGAUGACGCCCGAGGAGGUCGACAUUCUGAAGCGCAUGAGCCAUCGCGUCUUGCAUCGGAACACGACCCAGGAGAAUAGGGACCUGGCGGGUUUUACAGGCCAGGUUAUUGAUGGGCUGGCGGCGAAUCUGGAGCGUGGCGAUGUGGGCCUGAUAAAAGUACAAACCUAG